GAAUGAGUGGGUGUAAGAGAAAGGGGGAAAAGGCCGACUCCAUACAAAACAUUACUUUAUAUUCAUGCGUAUUCAUAAACGUUAAGUUCACGUCUAUUGGAAUUAAGCUCCAAGAAGUACCGAGUUACCGCUGACAGCGGGUCAUGCAGUUCUCUCUAAGGUAAUGAGCCGUAAAGCCCCUGGGUCUCGGCUUAGCAGCGCCCACAAACUGCACCGAAAUUGGAAUGAUUGGCAGCCCAGACUUGACAGCGCCUCAGCCAGUCAGGAGGUUGUGAAAAACAGUGCUUCUCAAGACAUUGGCCCAGCAGCCCUGUACAACGUGGUGCCCUCUGACAGCCCCGACUCUUUGCAGUUGCUACACAGCAAUGCCUACGCAGCCACCGAUUCACUUGAUCGGGAGGGUGAACAUGAAGCUGGUGGAGGUGGCUGUGAUACUACAUUUGGUUGGAAGCCGAUGGGGCAAGAGUUGAGGCUCAAUGACGUGAACGCGGAUUUGACUCCUUUUCAGCAUGGAAACCGUGCUUUAACUUCCAAGGACAUGAGGAAAUCACAGGACCGAGGCAUGCCUCACUCAGAGGAGUCGCGACUGGCCAACCUGCUGCGCCGCGUUUCCCGUGAGGAUGACCGGGAGCGCAGGCUGCUAACCCUCAAACAACUGAAGGAGUUCAUCAGCCACAGUGAGAACAAAGGGGCCCUGGUGAAACAGAUGGAAACCACCUUGAGUACCCUGAAUGAAGUUUUGAAUGAAAGCAGUAAGCUGCUGUGGGAGAUGAGGCAGGAGGCCGCGGCUUGCCUGGGCCUCCUGUGUGGAGCCAUCAGCUACGAGGCCGAGCGCAUCUUCAAGUGGCUCUUUCUGAAGUUCAGCGGCUCCAGCCGGGACGAGGUGAAGCUGCUGUACCUGAUCGCCAUGCAGCGGGGCCUGGAGGCGGCCGGAGAGAGGAAGGCCUUCACCCAGGUCAUGCAGCUUGUGAUGAGCAGUCUGCAGUCCAUCCUGGAGAACCUGGACACGCCAGAGCUGCUGUGUCAGAGUGUCAAGUGCAUUCUGCAGGUGGCCCGCGCCUACCCUCACGUCUUCAGUACUAACUUCAGGGACACGGUUGAUAUCCUGGUAGGCUGGCACAUCGACCACACACAGAAGCAGUCGCUCACCACAAACGUCUCAGGCUGGCUGCAGAGUUUGGAGCAGUUCUGGGUUGCAGACCUCGCCUUCUCCACCACCUUGUUGGGGCAGUUCCUGGAGGACAUGGAAGCCUAUGCCGAGGACCUGAGCCACGUGGGCUCUGGGGAGGCCCUGGACGAGGACGUCCCCCCACCCACGGUGUCCCUCCCCAAGCUGGCAGCGCUGCUGCGCGUGUUCAGCACGGUGGUGCGCAGCAUCGGGGGCCGCUUCAGCCCCACGCGGGGCCCGCCCAUCACCCAGGAAUACGUGUCCGACAUCCUCAACAGGGUGUUGUCCUGCGUCAGCACCGCCCGGCAGGUGCUGUUCUCCGAGGCGGUGCUCACGGCGGGGAACGAGUGCGUGAGCGUGCUCCUGGUCAGCCUGGAGCCCUCGGCCCAGCUGACGGAGGUGGUGCUGGCCUACGGCCUGGACCAGCUCGCCGCCUGCCACGGCUGUGGGCUGGACUACAGCCUCGCCGUCCUGGGCCUCCUCACCCUGAUUGUGGACCAGAUCAACACCAGGUUACCCGUGUCAUUUGUGGAGAAACUGUUGGCACCAAACUCUCAACUGUUGGAGCUUCGCUUCCACAGGGAGAAAGAGGUGAUGGCUGCCACGCACGGCGUGUACCAGGCGCUGCUGAGCCUGAAGAACAUCCCUACCCUCGAGGCAGCCUACAAGCUGGUGCUGGGAGAGAUGUCCUGCGGCGUGGACAGCCUCCUUGCCCCGCUGGAGGACGGCCCCGCCCCGUCCCCCUCCACUGACAUCCAGCACCCUGCCUUCGCCUCGGUGCUCCUGCCCCCAGAGAGGGCCGAGUUCACCCUCAUCUUCGACCUCGGCGCCCUCACUACCAUCGGCAACACCAAGAACUCCCUCAUCGGGAUGUGGGCUCUGUCUCCCACAGUGUUUGCUUUGCUCAGUCAGAACCUGCCCCUGGUUCACUGUGAGCUGGCUGUGCACUACCCAGCGGUCCAGUACUCUGUGUUGUACACGCUCUAUUCCCACUGCACAAGGCACGACCACUUCAUCUCAGCGAGCCUGUCCACCUCAUCACCGUCCCUGUUUGACGGGGCCGUCAUCAGCACCGUCACCACGGCGACAAAGAAACACUUCAGCACCCUCCUGAGUCUUCUGGGCUCCCUGUUGUCCAAGGAGCAUCUCUACCCAGAGGCCAGGAAGCUCUUGCUAACUUGGGCCCAGGAGAUUUCUUUGCUGAUGAAGAAAACUGACACCUAUGCGCCCCUGUUCUCAUUGAACUCCUUCCACAAGUUCUGCAAAGGCGUGCUGGCCAACGCUCUGAACGAGGAACCCACUGUCUGCCUCCAGAGCUGCAACAGUCUGCAGGUUCUCUCUGCAUCCCUGUCCACUGAAUUACUACAGCGGUGUGUGGACGUGUGCAGAGUCCAGCUGGUUCACUCCAUGGUCCGGGUGAGGCAGGCCUACGGCAAGCUGCUCAGGACCAUCCCCCUGAGUGUGGCCCUCGGUAACCACAGCCACCCAGAGAUGGGGGAGAUCUCCAUGACCAUCCGUCGCCACAUGGGGCGCUCCCCGAGUGGCACGCUGCACCCGCAGGACUUCAGCGACAUCAUCAGCUUCAUCCUGUACGGAGCCGUGCACCGCGGGGGUAAGGACCCGUGGCUGGAGCGUCUGUACCACAGCUGCCAGCGGCUGGAGAAGCGUGCGGGGGAGGCCGGGGGCUCGGCCGCCGCCGCCGGGGGCGGGGCCGGGGGCGUGGCCCGCGGCCUGCUGAAGACGGAGGUGGUGCUGUGGCAGUGGGCCGUGUGGGAGGCGGCGCAGUUCACCGUCCUCUCCAAGCUGCGCACGCCACUGGGCCGAGCGCAGGACACCUUCCAGACCAUCGAAGCCAUCAUCCGGAGCCUGGCGGCCCACAGCCUGAACCCGGAGCAGCAGGAGCUGGGCGCGUGGAGCGGCGCCGGCGGGGACAGCGAGGGCCACCACUCCAACCAGCUGCGGCUCACGCUGCUGCUGCAGUUCCUGGAGAACCUGGAGAAGCUCAUGUACAACGCCUACGAGGGCUGCGCCAACGCCCUGACCGCCCCGCCCAAGGGUAUACGGACGUUCUUCUACACUAACCGCCAGACGUGCCAGGACUGGCUGACCCGGAUCCGGCUGGCGCUGAUGAGGGUGGGGCUGCUCUCGGGCCAGCCCGCCGUCACCGUGCGCCACGGCUUCGACCUGAUGACGGAGAUCAAGAACAGCAACACCCAGGGCCCAGAGCUGGAGGUGCCCUUGAUGAUGCUGGUCGAGGCUCUGUGCGAGCUGCGCUGCCCCGAGGCCAUCCAAGGCCUGGCCGCCUGGAACCUCUGCAACACGGGCAAGAGCCUGGCCUGGCUGUCGUCGGUGGCCCUGCAGGCCGAGGGACGCUUUGAGAGGGCGGCGGUGGAGUACCAGGAGCAGCUGACGGCCGUCACGGGGACGGACUGCUCCAUCCUGGGCUCUGAGCGCCUGCUGAAGCUGUCCUCCUCCAGUGGCAGCAGCGGAGCGGUGUCCAGCCCCAAGCACACGGGCAACGGCGAGGGCAGGAAGACGGUGCUGCUGAAGUCCACGGAGUGCUCCUCGGAGGUGCUCAACUUCCUGGCCAACAAGGCGUGCCAGUGCUACGUGGCCCUGUGCGACUGGCCCUCGGUGCAGGAGUGGCAGGCCAGCGUCCAGGCCCUCAAGAAGAACUCCUCGCCGACCGGGGUGCACCUCAAGAUGGACUUCAACUACAUCCAGGCCCUCAGCCACUUCGAGGACGGGGACUUUGAGCAGUGCGGUGCCCAGCUGGAGCUUCUGCCCGGGGAGGACUGCAGCCUGCUCAGCGCCACCGGCGCCAAGGACAAGCUGGAUCUGAAGCGCCUGCUGCCCUCGGUGCUGAGCCUGGACCCCUCGGAGCUCCAGAAGGCCAUCGAGGUGCAGCUCCUCCGCAGUGCCGUCAGCGCCAUGAGCGUCGCCAGCAGCCCGCCGGAGCACAAGGCCACGCAGAGCACCGAGACGCUGGUCCGCUACCUGAAGCAGACGGGGCGCAUCACCCUGGGCCCGCUGCGCCUCUCCACCCUGACGCUGGCCAGCGGCCUCCCCAGCGUGUCCACCCUGCAGCUGCACUGCAUCACCGCCCUGGACAGCACCCUCACCGGACACGAGGACUGUGUGAUCCCUCUGGACAGCGAGGCCCUGAGCUCCUGUAAGCAGCAUGACGUGCAGCCCUGGCUCCAGGCCCUGCGCUACACGGUGUUCCAGAGGCGGCUCCUGCUCAAGCUCAAAGGGUCCUCCGCAGCCGUCGAUGGCCACUUCAUGGAGCUGUGUCUCGUGGCCGUCAAGUUCGCCCGCAAACAGGGCAACGUCGCCCUGGCAACCCGGCUGCUCAGCCAGUGCAGCGACCCGGCGGCGGGGGUGGGGGCGGACGAGGAGCUGGCCUCCUCCUUCAGGGGCCUGAGCCUGGAGGGCGCGGCCGUGGAGAGGUGGGGGCCCGAGCUGCAGAUGGAGAAGGCCAAGGUGCUCUACACGGCAGGCCAGUCAGUGUCGGCCAUGGUGGCCCUGAGCUCGUGUGCGCUCUCCUACGGCCACCUGGGGAAGUGUGAGCCGGCCGCGUGCCGCUCGGUCCUCAACCUGUGCAAGUGGCUCCUGGUGGACUGGAAGGACUUGACCCCGCAGCUCAAACAGGUGGUGAACAACACGUGUGGCGUCAACAGCACCACCGGCACAGCACCGGGCGCCGCGUCGCUCCUCAGCCGCAACAUCGCCGCCCUGCUGGCCCUGCCCCUGGGGGAGCCGGCCACCUCCCGCAUCACCCCCGAGAGCACAGUGAGCGUCGGCGUUGGGGAGGCAGACUUCGUCCUCGGCCAGCUCUACCAGCUCUCCACCAGCCUGGCUCCAGAGAUGGCCAAGUCCUGGGCCGCCCUGGCCAGCUGGGCCUACCGCUGGGGGCGGAAGGUGGUGGACAACGCCAGCCAAGGGGAGGGGGUACCUCUGCUCCCCGGGGAGAGGAAGGAGAUCGAGGAGCUGCUGCCCGACGCCAGCGAGGAGGACAAGAACCUCAUCUUCAGCAUCCUCGGGCAGGCCAUGUGCCGGCAGGCUGGCAUACAGGACGAGGACCUGGCGCUGCAGCAGGAGGACGAGGAGGACGACCUGGUGGACGUCAUCUGGAGGCAGCUGCUGGCCUCCUGCCCCUGGCUGGGGGAGGCGGGUCCGGCUGUCACCGAGGGCCUGGUCCGGGUCUGGAGGAGGGUGGCGGACCGCAUCUUCAGCCUGUACCGCGUGGCCUGCACCGCCUACUUCACCUUCCUCAAGCUCAACGCCGGGAAGCUCCCCGUCAACGAGGACGACCCCAAGCUCCUGCGGUCCAGCGACGCCUGCAAGCAGAGCAACGACGACAUGAUCGUCAUGGCGACGCUGCGGCUGCUGCGGCUGCUGGUGAAGCACGGCAGCGAGCUGAGGGACGGCCUGGAGCUGGGCCUGGCCUCCACGCCCACCGCUCCCUGGAGGGGAAUCAUCCCCCAGCUGUUCUCGCGCCUCAACCAUCCCGAGGUCUACAUCAGACAGAGCAUCUGCAGCCUGCUGUGCCGCGUGGCCCAGGACUCCCCCCACCUCAUCCUGUACCCCGCCAUCGUGGGCUCGCUGUCCCUGGGGGGCGACGCCCAGAGCACCGGGGGAAAGCUCCCGUCCGGCCUCACCCCGUUCCUGGGGGUCAUGGCGGUGGAGGGCGAGGAGGAGCCCAGCCUGCCCACCUCCCAGGAGAGCUCCGGGGGCGGCGAGGGCAGCGGGGAGGACCUGGGCGCGCUGUGCUCCAGCCUGGACCAGGCCAUGAUGCAGGACUGCUACAGCAAGAUCGUGGAGAAGCUGGCCUCGGCCAACCCCACCAUGGUGGUGCAGGUGCAGCUGCUGGUGAGCGAGCUGCGCAGGGUGACCCUCCUCUGGGACGAGCUGUGGCUGGGCGUGCUGCAGCAGCAGCACAUGCACGUGCUGCGCCGGGUUCAGCAGCUGGAGGAGGAGGUCAAGAGGGUCCAGAACAACAACACGCUGCGCAAGGACGAGAAGCUGGCCAUCAUGCGGGAGAAGCACUCGGCGCUGAUGCGCCCGGUGGUGUUCGCCCUGGAGCACGUGUGCAGCAUCACGGCGGCGCCCGCCGAGACGCCCCACGAGACCUGGUUCCAGCAGACCUACCGGGACGCCAUCGGCAACGCCCUGGAGCGGCUGCAGAGCCCCAACAAUCCCGCCAACCCCGCCAGCAGCUGGGCCCCCUUCAAGCAGAUCAUGCUAAGCCUCCAGCAGCGCUCCCAGAAGAGGGCCAGCUACCUGCUGCACCUCAACGAGAUCAGCCCGCGGCUGGCCUCCAUGGCCGCCACGGAGAUCGCCAUGCCGGGGGAGGCGUCGGUCACGGACGCCAUCACCAUCCAGAGCGUGGGCCACACCAUCACCAUCCUGCCCACCAAGACCAAGCCCAAGAAGCUCUUCUUCCUGGGCUCGGACGGACGCAACUACCCCUACCUGUUCAAAGGUCUGGAGGACCUGCACCUGGACGAGCGCAUCAUGCAGUUCCUGUCCAUCGUCAACACCAUGUUCACCAAGGUGAACCAGAAGGAGACGCCCCACUUCACGGCGCGCCACUACUCGGUGACGCCGCUGGGCUCGCGCUCGGGCCUCAUCCAGUGGGUGGACGGCGCCGUGCCUCUCUUCGGCCUCUACAAGCGCUGGCAGCAGAGGGAGGCGGUGCUGCAGGCCCAGAAGCUCCAGGACUCCCUGCAGGCCCAGCCCGCGCCCCUGGUCCCGCGGCCCAGCGAGCUGUACUACAGCCGCAUCGGCCCGGCGCUGAAGGCCAUGGGGCUCAGCCUGGACGUGUCGCGGCGCGACUGGCCGCUGGGCGUCAUGAAGGACGUCCUGAAGGAGCUCAUGGAGACCACCCCCCCCAACCUGCUGGCCAAGGAGCUGUGGUGCUCCUGUACCACGCCCAGCGAGUGGUGGAGGGUCACCCAGUCCUACGCCAGGUCCACCGCCGUCAUGUCGAUGGUGGGUUACAUCAUCGGCCUCGGCGACCGUCACCUUGACAACGUCCUCAUCGACAUGACCACCGGAGAGGUGGUGCACAUCGACUACAACGUGUGCUUCGAAAAAGGCAAGAGCCUCCGUGUCCCCGAGAAGGUUCCGUUCCGCAUGACCCACAACAUCGAGACCGCCCUGGGGGUCACUGGUGUGGAGGGCAUCUUCAGGCUGUCCUGUGAGCAGGUGGUGCAGAUGAUGCGGCGCGGCCGGGAGACGCUGCUCACGCUGCUGGAGGCCUUCGUGUACGACCCGCUGGUGGACUGGACCGCCGGCGGCGAGGUGGGCUUCGCGGGGGCCGUGUACGGCGGCGGCGGCGGCGGGCAGCAGGCGGAGAACAAGCAGAGCAAGAGGGAGAUGGAGCGCGACAUCACGCGCUCGCUCUUCUCCUCGCGCGUGGCCGAGAUCAAGGUGAACUGGUUCAAGAACCGGGAGGAGAUGCUGGGCGUGCUGCCCCAGGUGGAGGAGGCGGUGGGGGAGUACCUGGCUCUACAGGAGCUGCUGUGCCAGGGGGAGAAGCUGCAGGCCAAGCUGCUGGAGGAAGCCUCCUUCCUGGAGGGGGCGGAGAACCACGCCGACCACCUCAUCGUCAGCCUGGAGCAAAGGUACUCUGAACACACCCAGCUGCAGUCCCGCCAGCGCACGGCGCAGGAGGCCAUCCAGAGCAAGCUGACGGACCUGGACCAGUGGAUCUCCCAGUACCAGGCGGCCUUCGCCAGCCUGGAGGCCACGCAGCUGGCCAGCCUGCUGCAGGACAUCAGCAGCCCCAUCGACCUCGGCCCCCCCAGCUACGUCCCCGCCACGGCCUUCCUGCAGAACGCGGGCCAGGCCCACCUGAUCGGGCAGUGCGAGGGCCUGGAGGCGGAGGUGGGGGGGCUGCUGCAGCAGCGCCGGGGGGCCCUGCGCGGCUGCCUGGAGCAGCUGCACAGCUACGCCACGGCGGCGCUGCUGUACCCGCGGGGCGCCCUGCUGCGGCACCGCGCCCACCGCUGGAGGGCCUGGAUGGAGGGGCUGCUGGGCGGCAUGACGGCCGAGCGCUGCCAGGACGUCUACAGGAGCUACGAGGCGCUGUUCGCGCCCCAGCCGCCACCGGCCAGCUGCCAGUUCCUGUCGGCCUGCGAGCUGGCCCUGCAGCAGCAGGUGGCGGAGGUCAACGGGCGCGUGCUGCGGCAGGCGGAGCGGCUGAAGGCCGAGGGCACCUCCACCCACACCUGUGAGGAGCAGCUGGCGGAGAUCGAGCGCUGCAUCGCCGCCUUCCAGCGGGAGAACGGCGAGCAGGGCUCCCUCAGCCUGGCCGCCAUCAUCACCUCCGCCCUCUGCGCCCUCUUGAGGCGUAACCUGAUCAUGGAGGGUGCGGCGGCCAGCGCCGGGACGCAGCUGGUGGGGCUGGAGUCCCGGGACGGAGCCUGGUUCCUGGAGGAGCUGUGCAGCAUGAGCUCCAACGUGGGCAUGCUGACCACGCUGCUGCAGCGCUGCCAGCUGCUGCCCCACGACCUGGACCUGCCCGCCCCCGCCCACACCCUGCAGGUGGUGUACCUGGCCAACGGCGUCUACACCUGCCUGCACGAGCUGAACGCCAACUUCCGUCAGAUCAUCUUCCCCGAGGCGCUGCGCUGCCUGCUGAAGGAGGAGCCCACGCUGGAGGCCAUGCUGGCGGAGCUGGAGCAGCUGGUGGAGCAGGCCUCCGACGGCCUGGACCUGCAGGGGCUGGUGGAGGGCCUGCAGGCCGGCCUGCUCGCCUCCUCCAUAGGGCUGGACCGCGACGCCCAGGCCCGCUGCCUGCACAUCACCAGGAUGCUGCGGGCGCAGUACUCUGAGCUCAUCCAGCCCCGCGUGCUGGAGGCCGCCGGCCUGGAGCCGCCCAAGAUGUCCGCCGGGCAGAUGCUACUGGUGGCCUUCGACGGGAUGUUCGCCCAGCUGGAGACGGCGUUCGGGCAACUCGUCGACAAGCUGAGCUCCCUGGAGGUGCCCCCCGCCUGGCAGAAGGUGGACGUGAUGUGGGAGGCGCGGGGGUCCCGGGGCCUGCUGCUGGCCAGCCCGUCGCAGCGCCGCGUCCAGGAGGAGGUCUUCUUCCUGCAGAGGCUGCUCACCAUCCGGGACUUCUUCAGGCUCUGCAGCUCCUUCGCCCGCACCCUCUCCGCCACAUCCCCUCCGGCUGCAGAGGACAGCCCCGCCCCCAACGGGCCGGGGGUCCACCGCGGCCCGGGGGCCGGCCCCGGGCCCGGGGCGGCGGUGGUGAGCGAGGAGCAGAUGGCGCGGCCCAUCAAGUGCUUCACGGCGGAGUACGUGCGGCAGAUGGUGCUGGGGCUGCCCACCCAGGCGCUGGGCCUGGCCCUCUGCAGCACGCUGUCGGCCCUGGGCCUGGACCUCAUGGCCCAGGUGGAGGCCAAGGACUUCGGGGCUGACGCCAAGGUCUCCCUGGAGGACCUGUGCAAGAAGGCGGUGGAGGAGGGCCUGGCCUCGGGCCGGCUCUCCCAGCUGCUGCUGACCCGCGCCACCGUGCUGGCCUCCUCCUACGACACGGCCUGGAAGAAGGUGGACCUCAUGCGCCGGCUGGACUCCAGCCUGGACGCGGCCAAAGUCAGCCUGCAGAGGACCCAGCAGCACCUCGCCAUGUUCCAGUGGCAGCACGAGGACGUGCUGGGGUCCCGGAGCCAGCAGCUGAGUGUCAACCCCCCGCCCAGGUCCGUCAUCCUGGGCAACAUGAAGAAGAAGCUCUACAAGCUGAGCCAGGACGAGGCGGCCAUCGCAGCCGUGCAGGAGAAGCUGGCCAACCUGGAGGCCAGCAUCGAGCAGCGUCUGAAGUGGGCGGGCGGGGCCAACCCGGCCCUGGCCCCCGUGCUGCAGGACUUUGAGCUCACCAUCGGGGAACGCCGGGCCAUGGUGGGCCGGGAGAACCAGCGCACCAGCCAGGUCACCUUCCUGUGCUCCACCAUCCUGAGCUUCGAGGGGCUGCGCACGCGGACCCCCGAGGCGCUGAGCAUGGACGCGGCGCUGUUGGACCUGCUGAAGCGCUGCCAACAGACCUGCUGCUACGCCUCCCAGUUCAGCAACACGGUGUCCCCCCUGGAGCUGGAGCUGCUGCAGAGACUGAGCCCCGCCCUGGCCCUGCCCAUCGGCACCGCUGAUUGGCUGGCGUGUGCCCAGAAGCAGCUGAGCCAGGAGCUGACGGAGCAGCAGGCGGUGCAGGAGGAGCGGGAGCAGCAGCUGGACGCCUGCGGCGACACGCUGCAGCUGCUGGUCGACUCCAUCAAGGGCAUCCUGUCGGUGCACAACCGGCAGCUGGCCGACGUCAAGCACCUGCUGCGCGCCAUGGCCAAGGACGAGGAGAGUGCGCUGGUGGAGGGCGAGGAGGUGGCGUACGAGGGCAGCGUGCGGGCCUUCCUGCAGGAGUACAAGGCGUGGCAGGACAACAUGCAGAUGGUGCUGUUCAGCGUGGUGCAGGCCAGCGGGCAGCCGCGCAGCGCAGAGCAGACGGAGCUGCUGCAGGAGAUCCCCGCCACGCUGAAGGAGCUGCUGGCCCAGAGCCAGAGUGUCUACAACGGGCUGGUGGGCUUCGCCUCCCCCCUGGUGACCCAGAGGGAGAGCGACUGCGUCAGCCCCACCUCCAGCGCGCAGAGCAGCUUCGCAGCAGCCGUGCGCUCCACCAGCGGGAAGACCCAGCCCGACUCCAUGUCUCAGAACGCCCGCAGGGCUCUGCCUCGCCACCUGGGCACCCCCGCCGACACCCCCCCCGGGCCCCUGGUGACGGCCAGCAAGGCCCUGAACCCCAGCCCCAAGCGGGCCAUACGGGACCCCAAGACGGGCCGAGCGGUCCAGGAGAGGAACUCGUACGCCGUGAGCGUGUGGAAGCGGGUCAAAGCCAAGCUGGAGGGCCGAGACGUGGAUCCCAGCCGGAGGAUGAGCGUCACUGAGCAGGUGGAGUACGUGAUCAAGGAGGCCACCAGCGUGGACAACCUGGCCCAGCUGUACGAGGGCUGGACGGCCUGGGUGUGAACGGGGGCCGGCCUUCGGUCUCUUUGGUCCAGCAGAGGCUCGUGAUCCUCCCGGCGUCCUGACGGGUCUGGGGGACGGAGGAGCCGCGCAGCACUGAGCGCCACCGCGUGGACGGGAGGUGGGAGGGGGAGCAGACACGCCCCCACCUCCAAACUCCCCACGCGUUAGUGUGAUGGGGGGGUUCACGUCGACCUGGAAGGGAGAGGGGUGGGGGAUCAACCCCACACCCACCACCACCACCACCACCUACAACACUCCUGGGCAAACACGAUUCUGGCCAAUGGUUCACAGAGGGGGUCCGGGGGGGGGGGGGGGGGGUCCAACCGGGCCCUUUGGUGGCAUUUGUUUUGACCGCAACGGGCCCCUCCCUGAAGGGGACGGAUGAAGAGAUGGAAGCGAAGCAAGAGGACCUGGGACGGACGGGGCAACGAAGGCGAAGGCCUGCCCUUUCCCGCCCUCACCCCCUCCCCUUGCCUGUGCGCACCCACCCCACCCCCGCCCCAUUGGGGGGCUCCUUCCUUCUGCGUCUGGCCGUGUGCGCGUUGACGGGCCGAACCCAAGGAAGGGUCCCAGUGGCUGCAGAACCAGGCGUUGGGGGCGUGACGUCUCCUGGCCUGGCCAUCGUCGGCCCGUCGUCCUCUGAAGCCCAGUUGGUGUGCCCCACCUUCCUGCUAGGAUGAGGGGUUUGAAAUAAAAGGCCUUGAUUUGGCUCCGUCGGCUUAUUUGUUCAAUCUGUUCCUAAAUCGUACAGGAACUCGAUUCUGUGGCCGGAUAACGAGGCUUCAAUGAACUUCCCACCCGAAGCCUGAACAACAACGAGGAGGAAUCGACCGGGGAGUGGAUCGUGUAACCAUUGUCCCUGAGAACUUUGUCAACUAUAUUUUAAACAAACCUCCUCGGUGUCGGAAGCGUUGUAAGAUGGAAGGGGAGGAGGUUUUUAGUUUCUUCAGGGAGAUUCUUUGUGUUGCAGUUAAGAGGCGGACACCCUGUGAUGGUGAGUCUGCAGCGGUCGGGCGUUUCUGUCGGACUCGCGCGUCUACGGUCCAACAACGGUCGGUCGGGUACAGGGGGCUGACGCAGGCCACUCAAAUCUCCUUUUGCUUUGGUGUACAUCUUUAAUCUUUGUGUCGUGUAUAUUUUUGCUCCUUAUUGUUUCAAGGAGAACGCGCUGAAAAGUGGAUUGCUUCAUUUGUUUUGACCUGUGAGAAGCCGUCUUUGGUGUGUAAACCUAACGCUUGCUUUUUUUUAUUGAUAUUGACUUCUAGUUUUACAUUUUUAGUGGGAAGAAUUAAAGGAUUGUGUUUUCGGUGGUGGUGUAAACUGUUUCUUAAUAGAUUUUACUGGGUUUUGUUUGAUGCCAAAUAAACAUAAGAUUGGAUUAAGUUUUA